AUGCCUGAGGAACGAACUCGACCAGCCCGGGCGUGCAUGCCCUGCAGGCGCAUCAAGACGAGGUGCAUGUUGCAGACGGGCGAGGCUCGGUGUCAGCGAUGUGCGCGCAAGUCUCUGGACUGCGUGUUUCAGGAACAUCAGCGCGGGAGGAGGCCUGGUACAAGGUUGUCAAAGGGCAACGCCACAACACUCUCGCAGUCUCCAGUCUCCUACCCGCCUCACGGACUCACGACAAAUAAUGCUAUCGCCUCUUCUGCUGCGGCUGCCGUGCCUGGUCCUCCACAGACCUCCCACUCUCAUCGGCAGGUGUUGGACGUCCCGGCUUGGGAGACAGGGCCCCUGCAGCCGUCGGGUCUGCUGGACCGUGCCAUGUCCAGGGGCCGCUUCACGCUGCGAAAUAUCCUCAGCACUACUGAUUCCGCCGUUCCUGACCGAGGUGCUGGCCCGUCCUCUUCCUUGCCGUCUGCGGACCCUGUACAGCGCGGCCUCCUUAGCUUGUCGGCGGCCUCAUCGCUCUUCAACAGCUUCAUGGCCAACUUGAACCCCUACAUCAGCCAGCUGGACCCGCAGCUGCACACCCUCGCAUAUGUCAGGCACAAGUCGCCGUUUCUGAUGUCGGCUAUCUUGGCUGUCGCCGCCAGGGUCUUCAACCCGCCCCUGCAUGAGCGCCUGCUGUCGUACGCCGAGGAUCUGCUUGUCGAUGGCUUCCGACGCGGGCGCAAGUCGACCGAGACGGCACAAGCUGUCGUGAUCCUCACGUACUGGAAGACGCCCGACGACGACCGUGCCUGGAUCUCGCUCGGCUAUGCCGUCCGCAUGGGCAUGGAACUGGGCUGGCACCGGCUGACGCGAUACACGGGCAACAGCACCGGCGGUAGUUCAAUGACAGAGACGCAGAAGCUCGAGGUCCGCAACCGCGAGCGCACGUGGCACGUCCUCUUCGUGUACGAUCGGAGCAUGAGCCUCCAGACAGGCAAACCAUGGAUGAUUGAGCGCAGUGACUUUACAGAGUCCGUAGAGGCGUGGUGCAGGGACCCGCUCGCGGCGCCGGGUGACUCCCUCUUGGGGGCCUUUGUCGUAUUGCGCCUCCUGACCUCGGAGGUGUUCAAGCUGCUGGGAGACCGUCCGAGUAAGGGCGGUAGCGGCCGCCUCUAUCCUCUCGAGUCGUUGUUGGCCGUGAUCAAGGGGAGGAUUGAGGAGUGGGAAGCAAAAUGGAUCGAGGCGGCUUCGCAGGAGAGCUGUCAUCGAUUUCUCAUCCACUUCUAUGGAGCCCAUCUCCGUCUCCAGCUGUUCUCGCUACCGCUUCAGGAGGUCUUGUCGCGCAAGGAGCAGGAUCUGUUCCUCAACUUUGAGGCCUUCUGGACGAGCUACUCGAGCGCCCUCGAGAUGCUGCGUCUGCUUUGCCGCUUCUCAUCGUGCGUUCACCUUGCUCAGGAUUCCGUUCACGUCAUGACGGCGUACUGCGUCACCUUUCUCAUCAAGAUCAUAUCUGUUCCGUCCUCUAUCACAGCACAGAUCGAGCCCGAAAUUGGCGAUGCCAUCCGGGGCGCCGCCCGAGCGCUGCGCCAACACCCAGUCUUGCCAGGCACGAGCUGCGCCCUACAAGCCGAGUUUCUCGACAGGAUCAUCGCCCGGUACUUUUUGAAGAAAAGUGAGCAAGACCAUGGUGAACCUACCCCUGUUGCCCGCAAGGAACAGGCAAGCCACGUACACCAGCUGCCUAGUGACGGAGGGGUUUCCCUCAUGCGUGACUGGGCCGUUGCUGCCACGUCGGUGCCAGGUGCGGGCGUCUUCCUUGACGACGACUUUGGGGGCCUUGACGCCAUCUUCGGUGAGGGCGCCCUCUGGGGUGGUGCGGCCACAGAGGCUGAACCUGUAUGCCAGGAGGGUAGCUUCUACACGUAG